CCGACCAUGUCCACCGAGCUCGAUCUCGAAUCCAUCCUCGAUUUCACCGUCGCCCUCGCGAAAAGGGCAGGCGACCUCAUUCUCGAAGGGUCGCUUGCUAUUCAGUCUGCCCCAGCAUCCAGCAUCAACGAGAAGAAAAACGCCGUGGAUUUGGUGACCGAAUUCGACGUGCGUGUUGAGGAGCUCGUCAAGUCUGAGCUGGGCAGCAAAUAUCCCGCGUUCAAGUUUAUUGGCGAGGAAUCUUAUUCUGCUGGCGAUCGCGCUCCGCUGACUGACGACCCCACUUUUUGUGUCGAUCCCAUUGAUGGAACAACGAAUUUCGUCCAUGGCUUUCCCUACGUGUGUAUAUCGCUGGGACUCAUCGUUAAGAAACGACCCGUGCUUGGCGUGAUCUACAACCCAUUCCUCUCCCAACUGUACACCGGAAUCAAAGGCCAUGGCUCCUUCCUCACCACCAGCGACGGAAAGCGGCUCAAGCUACCGCUCGCAUCGUCCCCCAAACCGCUGCCCUCCCUCUCGCAGGCCCUAAUCGCUGUGGAAUGGGGCUCAGACCGCGCCGAAAAGCCCAUUUCCGCUAAAUCCUCCUCGUUCGGCCGGCUCGCCGGCGACCCCUCACAGGUCCCCGGCGGCAAGAUGGCCCAUUCGCUGCGCUCUGUCGGAUCGGCGGCGCUCAACUUUGCGCUGGUGGCCCAGGGCGCCUUAGACUUGUACUGGGAAGUAGGGUGUUGGCCGUGGGAUGUCUGCGCGGGCGUGGUAAUCGCUGAAGAGGCUGGCGGCAUUGUAACUGGCUCGCGUGAAGUAUUCGCAGCCACGAGAUCUGAGGACUCGUUUGGCGAUGUCACUGAAGCCAUUCUGACGGGCAGAAAGUACAUCGUCGUGCGGGCCAUCGGUGGUGCAGAGGGAGAGACCACUAAACAGGCACAAAAGAGGAUCAUCGAAGAAUUUUAUGCGACUGUCGAAGACAUACAACCAAACUGA